AUGCCUUCCACAUACGCUGCCUACUACAACCUUCUGGAGGCUGAGAAGAGCGCUGCAGCAUCGCGCCGCCGAACCUCGGACGAAUCCACUAGCAGUGAGGCAUCAGCUGCAUCGCACAAGAGCAUCAAACUUUACCUUAAGCAUGCUCUCGAUCAACUGCGACCAACCCGAGAGCCCUUGACCCCUGCUGGGAUUUACACCCCAAUCAUCAAGCAGGGUCCCUUGUUCGGCAGCAAAAGGCACAACGCCCAGCAAACGAAGGUGUAG